UGUUUGGUCUUGUGACUGCCACAAAACACACACUUUGUAAAAUUCAACCUGAACAAAAGCCGAUUAGUCGUCUCCUUUUAAAACAAUAAUAAGUACCCCAACACAUUCUGCAAUCGCAGUUUCCUCAAACGCUCUCAAGUCACGCUGCAACAACAACAUCAACUUGUUCACUUGCAAUACACGCAUCUUCUUCAGAGAUGGAUAAAGAAAUCGAUGAUGUUGAUAAACGUGUCGAGUGGCUCCAUUCUGAACGGUAUUCUGCUGCUGGUAACAUUUUCGGAGAGCCACAGAAGACCACGCGGGUCGGGGAUGAGUACCAGGCGAAAAUCCCAGCUUUGAUGACAGAAAACGAGCGGUUACAACUCAUGAAUGCAAAGGGUGAGUUUUGUGUUGUAGGUUGUGAAACCGACAAUGGUUUGGUUCCGGUUCCGGUUCCUUGUUCAUCAAGGGAAGAAUGUUGGAGCGCGAUUGAACAUGAUAGUUUUAUUCUUGGUUUAUAUAUAUUCGGCAAGAAUCUUCGUGUUGUGAACAAGUUCGUGGGGGAUAAAGGUAUGCCAAAUGUUAUAUCGUAUUACUAUGGGAAGUUUUAUAGAAGCGGUGAAUACCAAAACUGGUCAAUGUAUCGGAAAAAAAGAAUUAAAAAGUCUCUUCCUGGAAAAAAGAUUUUCAGAGGGUGGAGGCUGCAAGAGCUUUUGUCUCGAUUGCUUUCUAAUGUGACCGACGAGUGUAAAGCUAGUUUGACUCAGGUUAUUAAAAUAAAACGUUUGAGGAGGGAAAACUUUCGUUUGAGAAGUAUGUGUUCACUUUAAGGGAUACGAUGGGCCUCGAUCUUCUUGUAGAAGCCGUAGCCAUUGGCAAAGGAAAACAAGACCUUACUAUGAAGACCCGAACGCGAUUAAGAAGCAAAAAAGUUCAAUCUACUUGCUCGUCUCUUAAAACAGAAGAAAUUGUUAAUAUUUUGAAGGAUCGGAUUGGAUUAAGCAAAGCACGGUUAAAUGACUUCUUCUGGGCCGCUGUGUGGCCUCGUCUUUUAGCUAGAGGAUGGCACUAUGAACAGGCUAGAAACUACGCGUUCGAAAACUCGAAGAAUUUAGUGUUUCUUGCACCUGGUGUGACAAAGUUUUCAAGGAGGGAUCUGGUCAAAGGAAGUCAAUAUUUUGACUCGUUGACUGAAGUGUUGAAUAAAGUUGCAUCUAAACCGCACCUUCUUGAACACGAACCUGACAAGGACCGGUCGGUCGACCCACAUGAAGCACACGGGUCAGAUGAUGAACAAGAUUCGAUGAAAUGCACGGUUGUGGAUACCAGUUUCGUUGGGCUAGUCAAAGUCAGAGAGCUCGCGAGUUUGACUGAUUUUAAACCUGCAGAUAUGCAAGCGUCGGCUAGUGUUUCUGGAGAAAGCGAACAUGACACAACCGAAGAACCUCAAAAUGAAGAUGUGAAUCUUAAGAAAGCCGAAAAUACCAAAAUGGAUCUCUCUACAGACGUGCAGCCAGCAAGAAAACUGAAGUUGGUAUUCAAACGAAAAACAAAACGUCAAACUGUUGACGAUAUUAAAAACGACAACACUCGUGGUGAAGAUGAAGACGUGGAAGAUGCUGCAUGUUCCAAGAACAAGCGUGCAAGGAUAGUGAACGACUUGAACAACCCUCUAGCGGGUCCCAGUUCAGACGAUGAUAACAAAUCAUCGUCUGCUAAGCCAACAGUUGUAUCUGAAACAACCGCCAAAUCCAACAAGACUGACUCGUUGACUAUUGUUAAUGGUCAACGACAGAGUCGAAGAAACCGUGCAAUGACGACAAAAGCAUUGGAAGCUCUUGAGAACGGAUUUAUGAACCCAGGAAAGACAAGGUGGAAGCGUGUUCGUACUAAAACCGCUCUUGUAUCAAGCGUUUUGCAUCGAAACAUUAGAAUUUAAAUUUGUAAAUUGAAAAUGUUUUACUACUGUCCUUAAACAAACUUUCUAAAUACUAAUUUUGGA